AUGGAUAUUAACUCUAAUCCUUACUCGAGCUCUAAAGCAACGGCCAACGGAAGAUUCACCGCCGAAUUGCGGCAUUUAGGCGAAAGAGCCCCAGAAUCACCAUACAUCAAAGAAACAAUAAAACGCCCAUCAGUAAAACCCAUAAAACAAAAAUUCGGUGCUCCAAAUCAGAAUUGGAGAGUUUCCACAAACCGCAACCACCACAAGAACUCGGAAAUCGUCACGAAACAGAGAAAUUCGCGACGACUAACUCACGGCGAAAACACCCUUACAAAGCAGCCGGAAUUAAACAAUAAUAUACGGCUAAAUACAGCAGAGUUACCACCGCUUAAAAUUGAACUUGUAGAAGCCGCUGUUGUCAGCGAAACAAAACGGUUAUAUUGUCAUCGUGAUAACAAGAUAUGUCACGAUCACAAUUUUUACCGGUUCCUGGUCACAUAA